GUUUUGUACAAAUAAAGCAUCCCAUUCCUAAAAUUUCCUCUGACCUUUUUUUUUUCCUUUCUAGUUCUCAUUUUUUUGUCUGUAGAAUUUUCGGUAAGCAGCAUUUAACUGUAGCUGCAGAUUUCUCUUUCAAGUGUAGAUCGAACAAAGUUAUUAGAUUCGGGAUCUUUCUCCCAAUAUAUUUGUAGAAAAUAGAAUAAAAGUUAAGACUUUUGAAUUUUUUAGCGUAAUUCGUCUCGGAAUCUACCUUGAAUCGCUUGGAUUAGAAAAAACCCUUUUCUUCAAUCUGAAAGGAUUUGAAAUUCUGCUUAGGAUUUUGGGUUCUUCUCUGGAUUAGCGGCUAGGGUUUUCCAUUGUUGUUUUGUUAUAAAUGGAUAAGAAAAAGGUCGCAUCUCCACUUAUGUGCCAUGGCCAUUCAAGACCUGUCGUGGAUUUGUUCUACAGCCCUAUCACGCCAGAUGGUUUCUUCCUCAUCAGCGCCAGUAAAGAUUCGCAUCCAAUGUUGAGGAAUGGGGAAACUGGAGAUUGGAUUGGUACAUUCGAAGGGCAUAAAGGUGCAGUGUGGAGUUCUUGCCUGGAUAACCAUGCAUUACGUGCUGCAUCUGCAUCAGCGGAUUUUUCAGCGAAACUCUGGGAUGCGUUAACAGGAGAUGUGCUGCAUUCUUUUGAGCACAAGCAUAUUGUUCGAGCAUGUGCCUUCUCAGAGGAUACAAAACUGUUGAUCACGGGAGGAUUUGAGAAGAUUCUCCGUGUUUUCGACUUGAAUCGGUUGGAUGCACCUCCUACAGAAGUCGAUAAAUCUCCUGGUUCUAUCAGAACUCUCACAUGGCUUCACAGUGAUCAAACGAUAUUAAGUUCUUGCACUGAUAUUGGCGGUGUAAGGUUAUGGGAUGUGAGGAGUGGGAAAAUCGUCCAGACAUUAGAGACCAAGUCUCCUGUAACCAGUGCUGAAGUGAGCCAAGAUGGUCGGUACAUUACAACUGCUGAUGGGUCAACAGUUAAAUUCUGGGAUGCAAACCACUUUGGACUAGUGAAGAGUUACGACAUGCCCUGCAAUAUCGAAUCUGCGUCUCUGGAGCCAAAGUCUGGUGAAAAGUUUGUUGCUGGUGGAGAAGAUAUGUGGGUCCGAGUGUUUGAUUUCUACACUGGCGAGGAGAUUGGAUGCAACAAGGGACAUCAUGGUCCGGUACACUGCGUGAGGUUUUCUCCCACGGGAGAGUCUUACGCCUCAGGAUCUGAAGACGGAACCAUCAGAAUCUGGCAAACAACGCCUGCAAAUACUGAAGAGAACGAAUCGGCUUCGAGGAGGGUGAAGCAUAAUGUGGACGAAGUUUCUAAGAAGAUUGAAGGCUUUCACAUCAACAAGGAAGGGAAAAACGCAGAGAAACCAUCUGAUGCUUAGCAAAAAUGUCGUAGUUCUUGACUUGCUGUGUUUUGUUUCCAGACUGAAUUAUACAGAGAAAAGAAAAAAAGACAUUCCCUUCUUCUGAAUCAAAGCAAGUUUCUGGGG